GCUACAACUAUAGUUAAAAAACUAUAUUUUGCUGUUAGCGCGCAAUAGCGACUGUCUCUAAAGGCGUCUCGUGCGGUCAGGUCCACCACCAUAUCCACCGGUCACCCACCGGUUUACAAGUUUUUGAUACGAGUGCAUGACAGUGUUCGCCCACAGGGGCACACAGACACAGUGUAGUGCAGUGUAGUGUAUGAAAUGCGUGAAUAUAGCAACAAAAAAUUAUUUGAAAAACAUUCCAAAAAUCAACGUUGAAUGAAAAUCGUUUAUGUAUAUUAGAACCAAAUAAAUAAAUCUUACCCGGAUAGUUAUACCACCGCUCAAAUCUAUUUUGCUGGAAUCAUUUAAAAAAUCGGUGCAAAAUGCUAAACAAAGACACUCCGCCAGGUUCACCUGAAGUGGAGGAAAAUUUAGAUGAGGAAGAUUUAAUCUACAUUGGAGAUGUCGACGAAGUUUUGGAGGUUAUGGAACACGACGAUGAAAUCGAAGAUGAAAGCAUGGAGGAAGAAGGAGAACAAGCUGAACAAGCUUUCGAUAAAGGCGAUGCGUUUUCUGUUUUUACCAAACACGAAGGUUCUGUGUUUUGCGGAUGUUUGAGCAGAGAUGGAAAAUAUGCGGCAACAGGUGGUGAAGAUGAUAUGGCCUAUUUAUGGGAUACAUCAUCCAGUGAAGUUAUUCUUGAGUGUAAAGGCCACAAGGACAGUUUAAUAUUUACCGGAUUUAAUCACGACGACACCUAUCUGGCUACCGGCGAUAUGAGCGGAAUUAUCAAAGUUUGGAAAAUCUCAGAGAAAAAUGUUGUUUGGGACUUUGACAUGGGAGAUGCUACCUGGAUGCGCUGGCACAGGAUGGCUAAUGUUUUGUUUGCUGGUUCGGUUGAAGGGGACGUAUAUAUGUGGCGGAUUCCCGAUGGAGAGUGCAAAAUUUUUCAAGGUUUUGGACAAAGAUGCGAGACUGCUGUUGUUGUUCCGGAUGGAAAAAGGCUCGCAGUCGGAUACGAAGAUGGUACGGUACGAGUAUUGGAUCUGAAAACCGGUACAGUACAAUCAACUAGUACACCAGGUUCUGGCCACUCGUCUGCAAUCACUGAUCUGGAUUGCCAGUCUGACGGCAAACUCAUUAUCUCAGCUGCAGUCGAUGGAAAAACUAUCUUACGAACACCACAAACGGGCCUGAUUGUAGCCACAUUACAAGAUUUGCAGGAAAACAGGUCGAUGAAUCGGGAGCAGAGUGGCGAAUCAAGCGCACCUGAAAUUAAGGACAAUUGGGUCGAAGCUGUGGCGUUUUGUUCCGACAUAGAUUUACAAUUGGCUGCUACAGGAACCGUCAACGGGGAAAUAUUUAUAUGGGAUAUUACGAAAAAAGUACUCAGGCACAAAAUCACUCAGGAAAGCGGAGUGAGUAAGCUCGAGUGGAAAGGCAAAACUCCAUUUCUGUUCUCCGCUGGUUUGGAUGGCGUUCUUAGAUGUUACGAUGCUCGUACGGCUCAAUGCGUCAAAUCAUUUACUGGACACAACGAAGACAUUCUAGAUUUGUACAUUUCUGCAGAUGGAACUCGGAUAUUGACGACCUCGGACGACUCCACAGCGAGGGUAUUCGAUUUGAACAUAUGUUAAUUGAUGUGUUAUAUUUUCGUAAAAAUUUACGAAAAUCAUUUGGUUAUAUGGAAAAAGAAAAAAAAUUGAACAAAAUCAUGUUAUACCUAAUAUAAAAAAACGUUGAAAA